CGGCGGCGCUCCAAGCCGGCUCGGCAGCUGCCCGGGAGCGAGUGGUGCAGAGCGGCCGCGCCGUCCUUUCUCCGGAGGUUCUGCUGGGGCAGCGGCGGCACCAUGACUUCGUCGGCGGUGGAGAUUUUGGGGCUGGGACUGGGCAUCCUGGGCUGGGUGGGGGUGAUCCUGGCCUGCGGGCUGCCCAUGUGGCAGGUGUCGGCCUUCAUCGACGUGAACAUCGUGGUGGCGCAGACCAUCUGGGAAGGGCUGUGGAUGAACUGUGUGGUGCAGAGCACAGGGCAGAUGCAGUGCAAGGUGUACGACUCCAUCCUGGCGCUGCCAGCCGAGGUGCAGGCUGGGCGGGCGCUCACGGUCGUCGUGGCUCUGCUGGGGCUGGUGGCGCUGAUGGUGACCGUGGUGGGCGCGCAGUGCACCAACUGCAUCCAGCCCGGCAAGAUGAAAUCCCGCAUCGUGAUCGCCGGCGGAGCCAUCUACAUCCUCUGCGGGGUCCUGGUCCUCAUCCCGCUCUGCUGGUUCGCCAACAUCGUCAUCAGGGACUUCUACGACCCCACGGUGCCGACGUCCCAGAAGCGGGAGAUGGGGGCCGCGCUUUACAUCGGCUGGGCGGCCACGGCCCUGCUGCUCUUCGGGGGCUGCCUCAUCUGCUGCUGCUCCUGCUCCCAGCGCGACGAGACCUCCUUCCCCGUCAAGUACUCGGCGCCGCGGCGGCCCACGUCCAACGGCGAGUACGACAAGAAGAACUACGUCUGAGCGGGGCUGCCCCGCUCCCCCGGCCCUGCGGGGACACGGACGGGCGGCUGCGAGCCGGUGCUGCCGCGCUCCUCCGGGGGCACGGGACAUCGCGCCGGGAGCGUCUGCGGUGAGCUCACCUGCCUAGAGCCUCUUCUGAACGCGGACGCCCGCGAAGCGGCAGUCCUAGGCACGGCAGCGCCCCGCUGCCCGCCAGCCCGGCUCCCCGGCGGGUCUGGCCGCUUCGCUGCGGGCAGCGCCGUGCUCGGCACCGCCGAGGGCCCGGUACUGACUGCCCGCGGUGCCGGGGCGAGCAAAGCCCUCCCCGGCCGCACAGCGCAGCCGAACCAGCAUCUCCCCGAGCCGGGGCGGCUGGAGGCACCCAGGAGCCCGGGCGAGCCGCGGCGGUGUCUGCCGGGACGCCCCGUCCGGGCGCAGCCGCCCCCUCGCCCGGCGCGGGCUCGGCUCCCGCCGCAGGUCCCGGCCCCUCACCGGCAUUACCCGGAGACUUGUGAGUACUCUACAGCCCGCCCUUGGUGCUGGUGCCUCUCGGGCACAGCCUGGCUGGCGGGACCGGGCCGUCGGAUGUGCACUGUCGCCGAGAACUCUCCCUUCUUCGUUGUCUCUCUUGAAAAACUGCAUCUGGCUGUUCCCACUGGGGCUUUCACUGCUUAGAGGUUUUUGUUCUUCGUCUAUUUGAGCAACUAAACUAGGGGUUCUGUCUAAAGCAUGACACUAACCUUGGUCCUUAAUCCUGUGGGCAAGUAACUGUUUGGAGAAGGGUAUUUGAUUUUCUUCAGUUGUUUCGGUCCCUCAGAGAAGUGCAUUGGUCUGUGUGUCUUUGAGACCUUUGAAGGAGACUUCAGGUAGUUGCAGUCAUUUAGCGGAGAACACACCAGAUUAUACUAGGUUGCCCCUUGAGAUUCUUCAUCCCUUCUCCUUGUUCAGCUUCUGUUCAGUUUUUACUUGCAUAUGAACUUAUUGCCAGAAUUGUUGGAGGACUAGAUUCGGAGACCUGGGAGAUCUUUGUAUGUCCAGGCUCCAGCGGGUAAUCCCUCCGUGUCCUCUCAUCUGCACUACAGGAGACUGGAAACAUAAAAAUUGCAUUGGAUAUUGAUGGUUGGGGCACGGACGGCUUUCAUGGCCUUUUUGCUGAGCCCCACUUGCUGCCAAUUUUGAAUUGUGUGUUCAGCUGGAUGUGCACUUUUUUGUCUCCCCACCAUUAUUUUGUUAACAAGUGCCUUCCUUCAUUUACUAAAUCAGGCAAAGAAAUUGCUAGAAGAGUUUUAUCAAAUAUAUUGACUGAGACUUUAUGCAGGUUAUUCAGGGGUUGUGAAGUCAUGGCUCUUGCAGCUCUCAGCUCCUCUGUAUUACCCUGGUAACACUGUGCAGACUGGAAGGAAGGUGCUCUGGGCAACAUUAAAUUUCUGAGCUCAACACCUGCUAAACUUUGCCACAGCCUGGCAUAUUAGCAGACACCUUCAUUUUACACCUUGUUUAAAGGUGGGCUUAAGGGUUGGCCUGGUACUCUUCCAUGCAAAUUACUUCUACUUUUAAAUCAACACAUAAUUUUGCUACAGACCGUGGCAGCAUCUGUAUCGCCAUAAGGAGAUUUCUGCCAACAAUUAGCAAGGAAAUGUGCUGUGCGUGUUCCUCAGCACAACACCAUGACCUCAUGUGUCUCUUACAACCAUGUAGCAAUACAGUGCACACCUAAGGGAGCAUUAACUCAUACGAGUUUCUGAUAAUGCUGAGACUUAUGGACUAACCCUGACUGUGGGGUUGUGGCAGAUUUACAUCAACUGUGGUUUUACUCCGCUUAGUAAAUUUAAAACCUCAGUGGUAUAAAUACAUACACAGACCUGAAUGAGACUAAAACCUUGCCCCGAAAAUACUGAUGUUUAAUGUUGAGCACAUGAUUUACCCUUUUAAAGAUAACCGCUUUCAUUGCUAAACACGCAGGGUCUGAGCCCAUCAGACAGUACAAGAGCAGAGCAAAACAUCUAGAACCAGUUUUGCUCUAUAAAGAGGUGCAGUUCUUAUACCAUCUGCAUUUUAAUAAAGGCUGUAAUACUGUUAUGAUGUGAGAUGUAGUUCUGGUACAAGAAUGAAAUAUUCUGUAUUUCAUCAUUGCAACUUUUUUUUUAAACAGUGUAACCUUAUAAACUGUAAAUGUAUUUAAAUGCAUAUAUUUUGCAAGAAAUUAACAAAGAUGGCUUGUUAUGUGGUUUGGUGCCUUUGUUUCACGGUUACUUUAUUUUUGUUUUAAAUGAUCAUGUCCAACUGUCUGUGUCACCCAGCCUGCAGACACACUAUACCCUCACUCAGCGCUCCGGUGCCUAGCAAACAGUCAAGAGAUAUUAGAUUAAAUCCUGGACCUCACUCUAUUUUGUCUUUAAUUCAAGAACUAAAAAACAGCCCCAUGCUGACAGACACACCUGCAUGUGUUUUUACUGUAGAGCCUUCAGAAGUGCCACAGGCUUUGAGCUCUGACCAAAAGACUUUCUGGGUGGUUCAUUGCCAGCAUUUAACAUCAAAUCAAAACUGGUGUCUGGGAGAGACAGAGGGAAAACCACAGAAGGGAGAUGUUUUCUUAAACAAGGCAAACUUCUUGACAGACAGCUUUGUGUGACAGCAGGGCUAGUUCCGCUCAUAACCAAAAUCUGAGACAAUUACACAAGAAGACCUGUUGGAAGAAGCGGCACUGUAUAUGUCCUAGCAAACACAGCACUGUCCUACCAAAAACAUAACUUGCUUGUAAGAAGGUUUUGCUGAGGUUGGUGGGGCAGUGCCCAACAAUACCGUCAGGAAGUGGGGUCAAUUUAAAAAAAGAUGUUUUUAUGUUCAGUCUCAUCCUUCAGUAUGCCUACAUGUUGAUGUGCUGUAAAAAUUAACCCGAGGGAACACUGUUACUGAGGUCAUUGGCUUCAGGGUAAAAGUCUAAGUUGGUUUCCGCUAUGUUUUGUUUUCCAAGAGCACAGACCUAGUCCUGAGCUUUAAGACUCGGAAGUGCUCAGGAUCAGGCCCGAGCCUCAUCCCGACGAAAAGAGAAAUCUAUAGCACUUGUUUACUAUUUUUAUUUUGUAUUUAUGAUUUCAUAUAAAAAUAAAAACAUCUAAACCAA